CACUACUUUGGAAUUUUGGUGCGUCAGGACCAUCAACUAAAGGACCACACACCCCAACAAGUGGAUUUGAGCUUUCUUAGUCUCCCUCCCGGUCUUUGAUAAGUACAAACAAGCAAACUCAGCCCACAGUGAGAGUUAACCCACUAAUUGUGGCUUCUGGUUUAACUGUGGAGUUCCUGAUUUCCAUCUGCUUUCACACACCAGCAGCGGCUGAGUUCACGAGAGUUUCUUGUGGUGGUUCUGUUGAUUUUCAGAGGAUUUUGCGGGGCAGGCAUCUCAAACCAGUGGGCAGUGCCCUCAAGAAGGAAAUUUGAGAGAAAGAGGUACUCUAAUAAAGAAAGAAGGAGGUUUGGACGACUUAAAAGAUGGGCAAGAGCCAAAGAUAGGACUUUGAUGUUCUAGUGACUGCGAACCAUUUCUCCUGCCUACAGUGCUCCAAGUUGAAACGGUUGAAAAUGGUCAACUCCAGUACAGACACUCAGAAAAACUGUUCUGAUAACAACCUGAUAACCCAACAGGUUAUCCCACUGCUUUACGGCCUUGUUUUCAUCGGGGGCAUUCUUCUCAAUGGAGUAGCUGCUUGGAUUUUCUUCUACGUGCCGAGCACCAAGAGUUUCGUCGUGUACCUCAAGAACAUUGUUGCCGCUGACCUGCUAAUGAGCCUCACGUUCCCCUUCAAAAUUUUGGCCGAUUCAGAAAUCGGUCCCUGGCAGUUAAACAUCUUUGUGUGCCGAGUCUCCGCUGUGAUCUUUUAUCUCAACAUGUACAUCGGAAUCCUGUUUUUUGGACUCAUAGGUUUUGACAGGUACUACAAAAUUGUUAAGCCUCUUUUGGUGUCUCCAGUCCACAAAGUCAAAUGCAGCCAGAUUAUUUCCUCUCUAAUAUGGGCCACCAUGCUGUUUGUGACAGUUCCAAACAUGAUUUUGACUAACAAAGAGGUGGGCAAUGAAACUUACACAAAGUGUAUGAAACUGAAAGGUGAACUUGGUUUAAAAUGGCAUAAGGUUUCCACCUACCUUUGUGUUGGGAUUUUCUGGGUUGUAUUUCUACUGCUCAUUGUCUUCUACACGGCUAUCUCAAAAAAAAUCUACAGCUCCUAUCUUAAAUUCAGGAGGCAUUCCCUCUCGGCCAAGAAAAAAUCCUCUCGUAACAUUUUCAGUAUCAUGUUUGUGUUUUGUGUUUGUUUUGUACCGUACCAUGCCGCCAGAAUUCCCUACACACAAAGUCAAACUGGAAAGCAACAUAAUUGCCAGUCCCAAAAAAUUUUGUUCUACAUAAAAGAAUUCACUCUGCUCCUGUCUGCUGCAAAUGUGUGUCUUGACCCCAUAAUUUAUUUCUUUCUCUGCCAACCAUUUAGAGAAAAGAUAUUUAAAAAGCUACAUAUCAAGUUAAAGCCUCCAAAUGACCUGGAAAUUUCAAAAAGCAAAAGAUCCAAUACAAUUCACGAAAGCAUGGGUACUUUAUAAGUUCCCAAAUGACUCCAACAAGUCAAUUUGCUAUCUGCAAAUGAUCUGUACAACCACUAGUGAGGCCUAGUGGAACUAAGCUAUCAGGAGCCCUGGGUUCUUAUCCCAGCUCUGCCACUGGCCUCUGUAACU